CAGUGAAUUCCCGUAAAGAGACGCAUCAUGCUGUAGAUGUAGAAGAUUACAGUGUGUCUCGCUCCUCCUAAGCUUGCGCCACAAAUGUUAUUUUAGCGUCACACUGAAGCUGAAUUUUAGUCAGCCUUUGUGUGUGUGUCUGCAUCUGUUGUGCAGCAGCCCCUCCCCACACCCAGGGUUUCCUCACACUUGGAGGAAGUGACCUCACUUUGUCCUGAGGCAGCAGAAGGCAGAUAUAUUUCAGGCAGGAAAUGGCUUUAGGUUGAAUGGGUGUAAUUAGGUGAGAGUGUGUGUGUGUGUGAGAGUGUGUGUGUGUUAAUCAGAAUAUAAAAGUCUCUCUCCUCAACGUGAGCUUUAAAAGUCUUUAAAGGAGCAUGUGAUUGCAUUGAAGAAAGUUAAACAUAACAGAACUGAGGCUUGCGCUAAGCUUUGAAGCAAUGUUUCCUUUGGACAUUUUCUGUCGUUUUCUCCUGUUUGUUUCUAAUCUUUGUUCAUUGCCAUCGCGCCCUUCCAUUUUGCAGCCCGCACGCGCCCUCAAAUCAAAAGACCGCAAAUAACUCCUCGCGUCUUCUUCCGCUUUGACACGGAGGACUCCCCCAGUCCGAAGCGUCAGCGCCUCUCACAGCAGUCUAUGCUAGAACUAGCCUCUGCCCCGCCUUCCACACCGUCGCCACCCAUCAGGCCUUGGGAGCUCCCGCCCAGUCGCAGACCGCAUCCCUAUCCUCACUCACACUACCAUACUGAGCGCUGUCACACGCCCGCCAGACAUAGACGCAGCCCACCAGCACGGCGUCAGCGUGCCCGGCGUGAUCGCCUCACUCGGCUUCAUCAUGGCUCACCUGGAGGGCCCCAAGACGAGAACUACCACCACCCUCAUCAUCCUCACACACAUGCGCUUCACUCCUAUGGCCCAGCUGUGCCCCCUCACCCCCCGACAGGCACCGACGAACCACGCGCCUUCCACCCUCCUGCUCUGUCACCACGGUUACUUCAUCCGCAGCAGCAAGGCGCUAUGGUCAUGGACCUUCACGAACAGCUUCCUCAGGGUACAGUCCCCGUAUCAUACACAGUGUCUCCGGUUGCAGCCCACGCCCUCCCGCCUCCUCUCUGUACAGGACAGCAUAUCCCAGCAUGCUCGUCUCAGCAGCAGGUGCCUGCUUGCUCAGUGGUCUUCAGCAGCCAGCAGCACUACCCCGUCUGCCCACCUCCGAUGCUACCUGCGUGUUCAGUGCAGCACUUACCCGUGCCGUACGCGUUUCCCUCACUGCUUUCCAGUGACUCUGCCUUCCUGCUUCACCCACCACACCACCUCUCGCACCAUCACCACCCGCCACACCUGGCCCCGCCCACACACUUCCUGCCCUUCCAGACACAGCAGUCAAGAUCACCACUACAGAGGAUUGAGAACGAGGUGGAGCUCCUCGGAGAACACCUGCCUGUAGGAGGCAGCUUUAACUACGCCCACUCGGGCCACCCAAGCCCCCUUCCUCCAUCUACACAGCUGCAGUUCCUCUCUCACGACCCCCUGCCACAAGAGCUCUUCGGCGUGCCGUAUCCACACUUCAUGCCUCGGCGCAUCGCGGGCCGCCGGUACCGUUCACAGCAAGCCGUGGCUCCACCCCCAUAUCAUCCCAGCCUCCUUCCGUACUUCCUAUCUGUUCUUCCAGUGCAGCCUACAGCGGUGGGGCCUGCAAUCAGCUUAGAGCUGGACGUAGACGACGGCGAAGUUGAGAACUACGAGGCUCUGCUGAACCUCGCCGAGCGUCUCGGGGAAGCCAAACCACGCGGCCUGACAAAAGCUGACAUUGAACAGCUGCCUUCCUACAGAUUCAACCCCAGCAACCAUCAGUCUGAGCAAACCCUGUGUGUGGUAUGCAUGUGUGAUUUCGAGUCCCGACAGUUGCUCCGAGUCCUGCCCUGCAAUCACGAAUUCCACGCCAAAUGUGUCGACAAAUGGCUCAAGGCUAACAGAACUUGCCCUAUCUGCCGAGCCGACGCCUCUGAAGUUCAGAGGGAUUCUGAGUGACCAAUCCUGACACUUCUGCUCCAUCUCUCACACACACUCUGCAUACACACCCUGUCCCACCAGUUUUUGUGGACUUUUCCAUUGUCUCAACACACUGGACUUCCUUCAAGACACACACACACUUUUUUUUUUCCCCAACAGUAAAAGUUCUGUGACUCACUCCUGUUGGUGACACAUUGUUGUUCUUCUGAAAAGCAAGCACAGCUGUCUGAACACACACGCACGCGCACACACACACACACACACACACACACACACACACACACACACACACACACACAGUUAUACUAAUCCCAUCACUGCCAUUUCUCUCAUCUUUAUUUUGUUUAGAUUUUUUUUUAAUCUUCAGAUGGGUACAAGGUGACAGCUCAUUGUGUGUGUGUGUGUGCCCUAACAUUCCAGAUCAUGUCAAUUUAAUUUGUGUGAGGAAACAAAUGUCACGGUGUGUGUGCAUGUCUCUCCACCCUCAGCCUUUUCCUUUACAGAUAAAAAAUAUUGCAUAUAAAUGUAUGUAUGUAUCAAUAUAGAGGGAUGGAAUAACACAAAAAAAGAAGAAAUUGUGUUCUUUUCUUCCAAAAAUGAGGAAUUUUUUUUAUCUAUAUAUUUAGGUGGGUGGGGUUUUGCUCAGUUAUGAUCUAGCAGUCUUAUAGAAUUGGAAUACUGUGAGCUUGAGCACGCGCGUGUGUGUGAGAUGGAACGUGUGUGUGUGUGUGUAUCUUUUGGUUACUUGUGUGUUAUUUAUCCUGUAUGUGUGGUACAGAACACUGGCUUCCCGGUCUCAUGUCUGCUCUCAUCUCUCAUCGGCUGCAAUCGCUCGCGUGUCAGGAGGCGCCCUAAUAGUGGAAUUUUAUUUUUAUAGGCUCUCCUGCCCUAAGAGUCCAUUUUUCUUUCUUUUCCGACGCCCCGACGUUAUCCCGGAAAAGAAGGACGUAGUCUUCCUUCCAUACCCAUCUUUUUGUUAUUAUUAUUAUUAUUAUUUAGUAAAAUAUCCUCUCUGGUCUUGGCAGGUUAUUGAUUCACGUUUCCACGUAGCAUUUCGAGACAGAACCCUUAACUGUGAGCUCGGAGCUUGAGGGGAAGCCGUUUGUCACUCGUUCACGACACAAAGACCUAGUUGAUUGCUAAUAAAAACGCUUGUUUGCAUUAUCUUAAGCAUUAACGACAUUAGAUCUCUUUCAGUUUGUCGUCUCUUCUCAUUUCUAACACGAGUAAACUUUAAACUCCUCGCACAAGUUUGUUUUCUUUUUGUUUUUGUUCACAGUGAGCAAACAUCCCCACCCUCAAGCUCUUUCUAGUUUCCUCGGUUCAUCCUUUCUUGUUAGGUUUGUUAACACGACGCAUGAUGAGAUCGGUACUGCCGCUGGUCUCUGUUGUCUGCGGUAUCUUCAGACGAGCUCAGCAAAAAAUUAAACCUUCAUGUUAAAGCGGAGAGAAAGUGACGUGCACGUUUAUUUGGGUUUCGUACUCAGCACUACAUCGUUCAGCACUUAGGAUCAUUUCCCAAAUGAUGCAGUUCAACUUUAUCACAAGUGUAAAAUCAGAUAGCACAGAGGUGUGUGUGCGCGGGUGUGUGUGUAAGAAUGGCAUGUUAGAAUUUGCUUUAUUUCAUUUUAUUAUAAGAGACAAACUAAACUAAUUUCCUUUCCCCAUCUCUCUCUCUCUCUCUCUCUCUCUCUCUCUCUCUCUCUCUCUCUCUCUCUCUCUCUCUCUCUCUCUCUCUC